CUUUUAUCUAUCUUAUUAAGGUAUAGAAUUGCCCUGAAAUCUGCCUAUGGAAAUUAUCUUGGUAUAAAUUCAGAUGAACUUGUUGUUGAGCGUUCAGAUGCAAUUGGACCAAGAGAACAGUGGGAACCAGUCUUUCAAAAUGGGAAAAUGGCUUUAUUGGCCUCAAAUAGCUGCUUUAUUAGAUGCAAUGAAGCAGGAGACAUAGAAGCAAAAAGUAAAACAGCAGGAGAAGAAGAAAUGAUCAAGAUUAGAUCCUGCGCUGAAAGAGAAACCAAGAAAAAAGAUGACAUUCCAGAAGAAGACAAAGGAAAUGUAAAACAAUGUGAAAUCAAUUAUGUGAGAGCCAAAUUGAAACAGACAGAUACUGCAAAUGACUGGGACUUUUGUUUCUGCCUUAUCUUUUUGUGUUUUUUUCUGAAUAAAAUAUUCAGAGGAAAUGCCUUUACAGAGUUCUUGAGUUGUGAAAUUGUUUUUUAGCUAGUAGCUAGUUUAACCAGGAUUAAGCAAGUUUAAUCAGGAUUCUUCAUGGAUGUACUUUUUAGCUAACUACAGUUUUUCAUAUGGAAAUGAAACUUAGAGUACACACUUAACGUACCACAGAAUUUUUUUCUGGAUUUCCUGUCCUGAAGCAUGAAGUGUACUAGAAACCAAUUCUUCCUGCGCUACUUGUGGAAUCUUUCUUACUGGAUCAUAAUCUUACUUUACUUUAUACAAUAGAUGCUUAAUCAGUGCCUUUAAUAGGAAGUGAGAAACUCCCAGUCCAAUCAACAAGGCUUUGAUUCUACCUCCUAAGUACUACCCAGAUCACAAUCCAAAUAUCAGGACUAGGGGGCUGGGCAGAGAGGAAAAAUCAUCUAUUAGGGAGCGGGACAGAAAGUGGAAACAUUACAAAGAAGCAAGUGGGCUCAUGACAGAGGGGAGAGUAGUACCGGGGAAAAUCCCUACUGAGGACAGGUUUGCCACAGUGGAUAUGUAUGUGAUGCUUUUGUCCUCGUGGGCUGGAAUGGAAGCUAAUAAAGAAGUUCAGAUGCUACGUGUUGCUUAGGUCUGCUUUGUUGAAGCCUGUCUCUUUCAGAGUUCCUAAACACAAUAUUCCCGUGGCAUCUAAUCCCAGUGAGAGCUCCAAAUCCAGGCCGUGUAUCAGAUGCCACGGGAAAUUCUGCCUCAGGACUCAGGUUGGUUCAAGCAUCUGGAUGAUGUCAAAAGUCCACGUUGUGUGCUGGCCUAACCUGAAAGACCCUAUCUAGUUCUAGCCUUUAAAUUCCUUCUGUCACCAAAUCUAGAGUUACAUGGCAUCUGUACAAGCUAGGUAGCUGAGGCAUGGGAUCAGCCCUAUAAAGGAGCUUUUGGAGCUUUUGUUGUAGGUCUAGCUUCAACUUGGCACUCCAGUUCCAAUAGCUGGACUUUCUCUCAUCGUGUGUUCUGAUCCUUGGAUUGGGAACAAAGUAACCACUCUGAUCCCACAAAACAGAGGUUCCGGUUCCCAACUGGUGACUAUUUUGCCUCCCAGGGGACAUUUUUGGUUUUCACAACUGGAAUACGGUGUUAGAGGGUAGAGGCUAGGGAUGCUGCAAAGCAUGUGGCAUAAUCCUGUUCCGCCUAGAAUGCUAACACUGCCAAGGUUAUGGAGCCUUCCCACCCAAGGGCUUGGUCUAUUCCUUGCUUCUGUCAGCUCCCUAACCCUUAAACACAACAGUUCAAAUAUAUAUGCAUAAGCAUCUCCUAGGGACCUGCACGUUUCCAAUAUCGACUACUGAGAACCAUCCGUAGAGAUGCAGGCUUAGGAGGUCUAGGAUUGGGCUCAAAAUUUGCAUUUUAACAAGUACUCCAGGUCAUUCCGAAGCAAGUGAUACAAACCACACAAUGAGGAACACCGCCUUCAAGAGACUGAAUCUUCCUUCCCAACACUAGCUUGGUAUCUGAGACCAUCUGCCUGCUGACUGGCUUUCCUGCCACAAACAUUCUGCAUAUAGGCACAGUGUGUUCCUGGACUCCAUGUUAACGCGUUCACCCUCAUGUUCCCUUGGUUCCUGUCCCCAGUCCAGCGAGCAGAACUAAUUACAGAUCUUGACAACAGAAGAUACAGAUUUAAAAUAACUUGCCUGUUCCCGUGGACUUUAUCCACUAGUGAAGGAAGACAAGUGGACCAUGGGAGAGUGUAGGUGGGGGCUCCUUCCCUAUUCCUCCCAUUCCACUUUAUACAAACCCCAGCUAGACCACUGGGAGAGCAACGGAAGUUAAUAAUGACUGCAUCUAAAUAUUGUCAUCUGGUCCACUCUUCUUCCAUCUUGUACACAAGGAUAUGAGUUUUGUUUAAAGCACUACUGAAACCAAGAAAAACUCUGGCUUAGCAAGCCCCUGACGGAUCAGUCUAGUAAUCUUAUCAAAACCAAGAUUACCUAAAAGCACUAACCAAAGGAAAAGCUCCCUCACCCCAACUUAUGACUGCUCACAUUUUUCAGAUUGAAUCAUUUCAAUUGUAUUUUAAGGUUCAUUGACCCUUUACCACUUCCAAGCUGCUCCUCAACACAGCUGAUUAUUAUUUUUUAAUUUUGAAAACUUUCUGGCUUCUAGAAUUUCCACUUGAACCAUUUUUAUUAUUGUAGUUUCUUCUACUCUGCUGUGAUUUCCUAUCCAUUUAUUUUAAGGGUUUUUGGGGUUUUGAUUUUACUAAGAAUUACAAUAACUUCUUUAAAAAUCCACACUAAUUCCAACAUCUGGGUCAUCUCGAGGUCAGUCGCUAUUGAUUGCCUUUU